GUGGCAGCAGUCGUGGGUUUGGAAAGUGCUGUCUAAGGAACCUUGAUGAGUUACUGCAGAGCAUUUUGUAGAUGGUACACACUGCUGCUUCAGAGCAUUGUGAGUGGAGGGAUUGAAUGUUUGUGGAUACCGUGCCAAUCAAGUGGGCUGCUUUGUCCUGGAUAGUAUCAAGCUUCUUGAAUGUUGUUGGAGCUGCACUCAUCCAGACAAGUGGAGUGUAUUCCAUCACACUCCUGACUUGUGCCUUGUAGGUGGUGGGCAGGAUUUUGGGAGUCUGAUGUUAGACAUAUCGUGCUGAUCGGAAAGGAGGUCCCAGCAACAGUGAAGGAACAUAGUGCCUUAUAUCAUGAAAUGACCCAAGAUGCAUUGUAAAACAAGAGUAUGACUCUGAACCACACAAAGCAGACCAGGAGCCAAUGAAGGUUAGCAAGGACAGUCUGAGGAAACAGGCAACAGUCAUUUGGUUCACCUCAUGAUUAUGAAGAAUAGAAUGUGAGGAACCUGCCAGGAGUGUUUUGGAAUGGUCAAAACUGGAGUCAUUAAAAGCAUGAAUAGACAUUUCAGCAGUGAAUGAGCUGACAAGAGCGAAGUCAGCGAUAUCAUGGAGCCAUAGAAGGCAUUCUUAGAGAUGGCAUGAAUAUGAGGUCUCGGGAUGGAAUGUGACACCGAGGCUGAGAAUAGAUUGGCUUAAUUUUAGACUAUUGUUAGGGUGGAAGACCAGCAAUUUCUUUCCAGUUCGGAAUGCAUGUGACGUCGAGGAAACUUGCAGAGGAUGGUGUUCCCGUGUACCUGCUGCCCUUGUCUUUUCAGGUUGCAGAGUUCACGGGUUUAGAAGCUGCUGUGGAAGGAGCCUUGGAGCAGCAUGGACCCAGUAAUAGUGAGCUACCAUGACAGCUUAAUCAGACGCUCAGAUCUCUCACUCCUCAACCCACCCAACUGGCUCAAUGAUCACAUCAUCGCAUUUGCCUUUGAAUACUUUGCUGCUGAACAGUAUAAGGAGCUGUCAGGCAGAGUCUGCUUCAUUAGCCCUGAAGUUACUCAGUUUAUUAAAUGCAUGGCCAGCCAGGAGGAGCUGGCAAUCUUCCUGGAGCCACUACAACUGGCGCAGAAAAGCUUGGUCUUCUUUGCAGUCAAUGACAAUUCUGUGCAGGCGGCUGGUGGGUCUCACUGGAGCUUGCUGUUUUACAACAGCGAUAGGAACUGCUUCAGCCACUAUGAUUCCUGCAGCAAUAUGAAUGAAAGUCAUGCUCGUGAGAUAGCGAGGAAGCUGCAACACUUCCUGGGAACCAAAUCUGAAGUGCCUUUCGUUGAGGAUUCAGCACCAGUUCAAAAGAACAGUUAUGAUUGCGGGAUGUAUGUGAUUUGCACUGCAGAGGCUCUUUGCGAGCAAUACCUCAGGAAGGACCACAGGCCACCAGUGGUGGUUGUCACCCCAGCCUAUAUCACCCAGAAGAGAGCUAGCUGGAAAAAACUGAUUGAGCAGCUGUCAAAGAAAUGAUCACUUCUUUGUUUCUUUCUUGAGUGAAUCUGUAUGUUGAUUUCUGAAUGGGUUUAGCCGACUGGUUUGAGAUAGACAUUUAAAUUUUGUUCAAAGAGGCAAUCAUCUUUCUCCCGAUUGGGCUACUUUUCCAGGCUGGAGGAUAAAAGUUGGGUAGGUUUUGCAUGUGAGAGACAUCAUUUGUAAGGAUACUAGGAAAUAUUGUUUCCCUCACUUUCUUUGUGGCUUCUUCAUUGAGACAGCUUGGAGAAGUGAUCAUGAAAAAGACUUUCGAUGAUGUAUUCAAACUUUUUAGAGCAUGCUAGAAAUAUGAUGCCUUACACAAAACAAUUCUGUCCAUGUUUUCUGUUUGGUGCACUGGGGAAGGGGUGGAGUGGAUUUUACAGCAUUACAUUUGCCAUAGUGCAUUUUAAAUAAAUAGCCUGUUGUUUGACAAUACGCUAUGGUGCUCUGCAUCUCUUAAACUCACCUGUGACCGAAUUAUAUCCAAGUGAAAUUAAUCUGACUUCUUCUGUUUUUAAUGCUUCCUCACGUUUUGCUUGAAUCUGAAAACUUUGUGACUGAGCACAACAAUAAAAAUUGAGUUACCACAAUUGGGUAUCCUUUGGAGUUUAAAA